CGUCGCUGCAUCUUACCCCGACCGGACCCACUUGAAGUGGAGACGGGAUUGCCCUAUGAGUGGGGCCACAACCCCUCGGUGCCUGUCCGACUCCGUACGAACCCUUAAUCGCCUCCUACAUGGGAGUGGCCUAGAUGGGGAGGAAUAAGUUUUGUUGAGUUGUCUUAUUGUCUGGCUCUUCUGGGUUUUCGCUUUGAAAAGCGAUUCGAUAGCGUACCAUAUCUCAAACCGGUAUCGUAUUGUCUGAACCGUCCUGCAACCGUUGGCCUGUAAUUGACUUGUUCGAUUUCUCAUUGCAGCUUCUAUCUACUCCGUAUAUUUCUGCCAUCUAGCAUUACCUAUCCCGGUCCGUCAUCCCCUCUGACGAAUCGACUGUCUUCUUCAGUCAUUAAAUGCGCCAUCUCCAUGCUUCACUUUCCCAGCGUACUCGGCAGAGCAGCCGUGUUUUGGCCUGCCUCCCUGUCUUUGGCAACCCCAAAGUCGCCAAAAGUUAUAAACUACCAUAGCGCCCCUCCCUACUUAGCCAAAAUGAUCUUGAAUGACCAUUUGAGUGUGCAAGUGGAUCCUCCGUUAAGGGGACCGUCCUGUAGAUGGAAAAUGAUCACUGUUAUCACCUUGUAAUUGAACUCUUCCUAAGCCAAGGGGAUUCCCUUGGUCCCAGGAUUCCUGUAUAGUAGUAAGAGCAUUGCUUAC